AUGACUUGCAAAACAUUUAUCUUACCGCUGGCAUUACAGCUUCUCGCCUCUUCGGCCGCGCUAUCGAGCCCAACGUUUAUGAUCCAGCCUACAGGGGUCGAACGCAACGAUGCAAGUCGUAGUGCAGCCACAGCUGCUUCAAAAGAAACUCCUGGAUUCGUCAACAAUGGCACGAUCGGCAGCUACUCUUGUCUGUACACCUCGCAGUUGGAGGAUUCACAAUUGAUUCUCGGGGCAGCGUCUACGGCUCCAGGCUCGCAGUGCCCCGAAGCUCUACCGCCGGUAUACCCACACAACCGCAUCGAGCUGCGUGCACCGGACGAUUCGAUUCGCGCCACCUUCCAGCCAUACGGCUCAACCGUCACCGAGCUCUGGGUCAAAGACCGUUGGGGUGGAUGGAGAGAUAUAGUGCUCGGCUACGACAACACGACCAACUGGUCCACGGAUCCCAUUCACCCCAAUUUUGGCCCAAUCGUCGGUCGUUACGCCAAUCGAAUCAAGAAUGGCACGUUUGAACUCAAUGGUCACACCUUUCACGUUCCGAAGAACGAGAAUGGUCUUGACUCGCUUCACGGUGGUGACAUUGGUUACGAUCGAAGCAACUAUACCAUUGCCAAACUGAGCGCCAAUGAGGUGGUGAUGGAACACACUGAUCCUGCUGGUUUCCAGGGUUUCCCCGGUAAAGUCAAGACGACAACGCGCUACCAGCUAGGCGAGAAUGCUACGUGGCACAUCGAGAUCAACGCUACAGCAACACAGGAAACGCCGAUUCUUCUUUCGUCUCAUGUGUACUGGAAUUUGGACGCGUUCAAUGAGACGGCCUCAGUAUUGGACUAUGUCCUGCACAUGCCGUACGCGGAUAAGUACGUCAAAACGGACACCAUUCUGAUCCCAACUGGUCCCUUGCCAUCGGUCGAGAACACACCGUUCGAUUUCCAAACGCCCACUUCAUUCUCGAAGAAUUUCAAUCAGACAAACGGCGUAUGUGGAUACAGCUGUCAGGGUUGGGAUUCGUGUUUCGUCAUGUCCAAGCCUCCCGGAUACGAUCAGCUCAAACCGGCGUUGGAGAUGUACAGCAAGCGAUCGGGUAUCAGGCUUUCGGUGGUGACAAACCAGGCCUCUGUACAAGUGUACACGUGUGAUGGAAUCAAUAGUCCCGCAAAGGGAAGCAUUCCGAGGAAGCAGGUCCAUGGCGGUAAAGUUGGCAAUGAUAUUGGUGCAGUGAUCUACGACAACCACGAGUGCGUCGUGUUGGAGUUGGAAGAUUACAUCGAUGGUAUAAACAACCCGCAGUGGGGCAGGAACCAGAUCUAUGGUCCGCACAGGCCCUAUCACUGGAAGUCGACGUACACGUUUUCAAACGUAGAUGAAGAUGGCAAGCCAAUGUGA